AUGGAUCCCGGCUCUACCCUGCAGCACUUCCUGCAGCCACUCCAGGUCGAUGCCCACAAGAUUCAUACACUGUCCAGCCUUUUCUUGUCCAAUUUCAAAGACCUCGCCCUUCACGCCCAGGAUCAGUUCCUCUCCACGCCCAUCUCAGAGUCCAUCUUACGACAUGUCAGCCAGGAAGGUCGUGGAAGACACUUGGCCAUCGACAUCGGCGGAACGAAUCUGAGGGUAGGCCUCGUCGAGCUCGGGCGCAAAUACUCCACAGACACCAACAAGACAACCUCAUCCAAGCCCAAGCCCAAUGGGGCCUCAUCCUCAUCAACCCUCAAACUCAAAGAGGAAGCAUGGCCCAUAGACGAUCGCGUCAAAGCAGAUGCCAAAGGGGAUCCCCAGCUCCUCUUCGAUUGGAUUGGCGCCCGUAUUGCAUCCGUCGUCCGCAAUGCCCGCAAGGAGUCCCUCCUGCCCGAUGAUGAUGAGUCCAUUCCCAUGGGUAUCACUUUCAGCUUCCCCAUGAUUCAGCGCUCUAUUGCCGAAGCGCAAAUCAUGACAAUGGGCAAAGGCUUCAGUAUAAAAGGCUACGCAACGCUAGGUCCUUUGCUCAUCAGGGGCUACGACAAAGCUCGCAAUGCCCAAUCCAACGGAAUCCACAGCAGCCCUCUGCCCCCCAUCCACGCCGCCGCUAUAUCAAACGACUCCGUCUCAACACUAAUCACCUUCAUCUAUCUAUUUGACGAGUUCAAGUCCAGUCCCAAGACAAAAUCAAAGUCUGAAUCCAAGUCACCGUCCCUCAUUAUCAAAAAGGCAAGCAUGGGCCUCAUCGUCGGUACAGGCUGCAAUGCCACCAUUUCCCUUCCUCUCACCGCCCUAGGCCCCGGAAAAUGGCCCGAAGCCGUGAGUACCCUCCCUGGCGAACCCGCCGGCCACAUUCGUAUCGCCGUGAACACGGAAUGGAGCAUCCGCGGUACGGCUCCACCCCUACGCGAACUGGGCUUCAUCACAGCAUGGGACACAGCCCUUGACGAAGCCCUCGUCGGACCGGGCGAGAUUACUGGCUUCCAGCCCCUGGAAUACAUGACGGCCGGCCGCUAUCUCGGCGAGCUGGGUCGCCUCGUUCUAGUUGACUACCUCCGUACCGUUCUUGGCUUCGACGAAUCCUCAUUACCAGAAGGCUUGCUCACGAGGUACGCGCUGACGACGACGUUCCUGAGCCACUUUAAACCUGCCGAUGACAAUCCUUCCGACCCGUCCCCUCUACAGUCGAUGGUGGAAAAGCAGUUCCCAGUAGGAGAGAUAGAAGCAGGAACGGGACCAUCCACCCCCUUCCAAUGGACACCAACAAUCGCGGCAGCCCUCUACCACAUCGCAAAAGCAAUCGAGAUCCGUGCCGCAGGCAUCGUCGCAGCCGCCACCUUCGCCCUCUUACAAUUCGCAGAAGACGUACCACCUCCUGUCCCAAAGGGCCACCACCAUCAUCAUCAAGACGAAAACCACCAACCCGAUCACCACCACCAGCAGCGGAAGCAAGGCAUUCCUCCUAGUAUGGAGCUAGGUGUCGGUUACACGGGUGGCUGCAUCUCCCAUUUCCAAGAUUACCUCGCCGACACACAAGACUUUUUGGACAAGAUCGUGAAGCUAGAAUACUCUGCGGGCGCGCCGGAAUCACAGUCGCCUCUGCCGGUGAGAAUCGUCCUGAGCCCUUGCCAUGACGGCGGGAUCAAGGGCGCCGGAAUCCUCGUGGCCGCCACGAGGAAAACGUUUCGGCAAGAAACAUAG